AUGAUAAACUCGACACAGGUUUCAUAUUUCCUACUUGCUGCCUAUUUUGACACCAGUGUUUUCAAGUACUUAUAUUUUAUAAUCAUUAUCUCUUUGUAUACUUUCAUUCUUUGUGCCAAUGUUUUCCUCAUUGUGGUUAUCUGCAUGAACAGAAGUUUACAUGAACCUAUGUACAUCUUUCUGUGCAGCCUGUUUAUGAAUGAACUGUAUGGUAGCACAGGGUUGUUUCCAUUCCUUCUGAUUCAGAUUCUCUCUGACAUUCACACUGUUUCUGCUCCAGUUUGUUUCCUGCAGAUAUUUUGUGCUCAUUCUUAUGGAGGUGUUGAAUAUUUAAACUUAGCCGUCAUGUCUUAUGACAGAUAUGUUGCCAUCUGUUAUCCUCUACAGUAUAACACACGUAUGACACAUAAGAAGAUUGCCGUACUCAUUGCUGUAACGUGGCUUUGGCCUUGUUUUGCUAUGGUUGUGUUGUUAUCUUUGACUACUCCUUUGCAGCUCUGUGGAAACAUCAUUGACAAAGUUUUCUGUGCUUCCCACUCUGUUGUAAAGUUGUCAUGCUCCGACAUCAGUGCAAUUAAUUUCUAUGGACUCCUGGCCACUUUUGGUACUAUCUUUGGUUCUUUACUUUUAAUAUUUUAUACAUACAUGAAGAUAUUUCUGGUUUGUUUCUCUGGUUCCAAACAGACGAGACAAAAAGCUGUCAGUACCUGCACACCUCACCUCGCCUCCCUCUUUAACUUUUCUGUCGGAGCUUGUUUUGAAAUAUUACAGAGCAGGUUUAACAUGAGCCGUGUGCCCAACAUGUUACGAAUAUUCUUAUCGUUAUACUACCUGACAUGCCCGCCACUCUUUAACCCUGUAAUGUACGGCCUGAAUCUGUCCAAAAUACGCAACAAAUGUAAAAGCCUGAUAUCAAAAGCAGACCCAUAA